AUGUCAAAGUCGGGGCAAAUAUUACGCUCCGUUCACACUUAUAAAGAUCGUCGAAAGUCGAGAGAGGCUAGUUUUCACGGCCUUACCAUUAGUCUGGGAACUAUUGAAACUCUUGUCCUUCUAUUCAAUUCGGACGAGGACAUUGUUCUGGCAAUGGUUUUAAAACAUCUAACGGAGUUCGUGCGCAAAAAUGAGACGAAUAUUGAAUCGUUGAAAGAAAAGAAUGUUUUAAAUGCACUGAAGCUUAAGGAGUUUUAUCGCGAUUCGACGAGCACCACAAUCAAGCGUCUGGCUUUAUAUGUGGCGACUGCAAUUAUCGAAAGCUCGAACACAUUGCAGGAACUGGAAAGCUCCGAGAAUUUGGAAAUUAUCGAAUUGUGUUUAAAAUUUUAUGGCUGUGAAGAUGACGAUAUCUGCUUAGAAUACCUUAGCGUGAUGUUCAACAGUUGCAUAGAUGAUCCGCAGGGGGCGAAGCUUCUAUUAACAGAAGUAUUUAUUGAUAAAUUUUUCGACGUAGUUUCCAAUACCAAUAAUCCAGAUACGGGAUUACAUUCGUUUCAAAUAUUGGAGAAACUAUUGUGGAUUUUAGGUCUGAACGACUUGAAAGGUUUCUUCGCGAAACCAUCAUUUCCCAUAAAUAGGUUGCUUUGUGACUUAACCAAUGACUUCAUUGAAAUACGUAUAGCAGCGUUAAAUGUUAUUGAAUUACUGAUCACUGAUACAAGUGAGACGAAUCCUUUUGCUUCCAAUGAUCGUAUUAUUCACGCAUUGCAACAAUUAACUAAAAUGUAUUGUGAAGACUUAAUGCUGACUCAUUUUGAAAAACUGAUUGAUGUCUUGGCAGCCGCGAUACGUAACGAGAAUAUGGCUCUUUUGUUCUUCGAACUGAAUUUAUUUGAUAGCUUUCUUGUGCAUCUGAACCAACAUAUGUUAGCGAAAUACAAAUGUUACUCAUUAAUGAUAAUAGCUGAAGCAGCUAAAUAUCCGAAAUUUCUAGAACGCUUAGUGCAGGCUGAAGCUACCGACAAAUUCUUGAUUUGUUUAAUAUACGAAGAUUUAGUUGGGCCUCACAUCUUAUUGGGUUUAAACCGUUUAAUCAAGUCUUCUGGUGCACUUAAAAGGAUAUUGGAAGCUUAUGACGAGAAUUUAUUAGAAAAACUUUUGAAAAUUUUGACAGAUUCUGUUACAAUAAAGAUAAAGGCUCGGGAACAAGCAGCCGAGUUCUUGGGUCAGCUUUUGACAAUAGCUUAUCACAAAACCGCUUCGCGUCUAAUGGAAUUACGAGUACCUGAUAUAAUGGCUACCAUUUUCGGACAGCCCUCGGAGUGGCAAUCAAUAGAUUACUAUUUGUCCCUGUUAUGCAUAAUUGAAAGUCUGGCCCAAAAUGCGGACUACCGUGAAGAAUUAUGUGCUUGCGAGUCCUUAACCACGAAUAUCGCCAAUCUGCUAAUGAAUUCGUUCAAUACUUUGAUCUUGGUGAGCAGUAUCUUUCGUACUUUGUGUUGCUUGGUGGAUGAAGAUGUAUCGCGUGAGAUUUUAUUACAUAAUUAUAUUUCGGCUUCCGUUAAGCGAGGUUUAAAGUGCUCGACCACUUUGGUUAAAACUUCUGUUACGAAUUUUAUUAUGCAGACCUCACGUUUUCCGGAAUUUGUUUCCGAUUAUAUAGAAAAUGGUGUGUUGGAAACCCUUGUUAUGCACCAAAAGCAUUCGCACAGCGUACCGACUUGGAACACGGCCAUAGAAAGCAUAUUAUCUAAAGACCCGACUCUGAAAUUUUGUAUACGCCAUCAUUUAGGAUUUACUGACACAACGGCUGGACAUGAUUUUUUUGUAUCAAAAAGGAAAUUUGACGAUUUCCGUGACUUACAAAAUAUGUUAAAAGAUGAAGUCUCUCCCUUAGCACCGAUAUUAGUAGUCAAUUUUAAUCGGCCUGAGGACGAUCCAAGCUUUUUAAUUCAGAUACCACGGCAGUCCUUAACUCCUGCCGAAAUAUUGAAAGGUACUGGUUCAUAUUGUCGUCGUCCAAUGGACACCUUUUUACCGGAAUAUCUGGAAGAGAUUAAUGCUAUUUUUGAGAAGCAAGGCUUGGCUGUGAAUCCUGCUAAAAUGAAGCGUUGUAUCGAUUUCGAAAAUGUCGCAAAGCGAGCAAAACUUAUUGCGCAAUUAGUGUCACAAGUCUUGGGUAAUGGUUUGAAAACAUUCGAUUUAAACAGUGAUAAAGAGUGUUCCGAUCACAUUGUCAAAGCGCAUUUGAAAGAUUUGGCUCGAGAAACGCAUACGACUUUUUUACCGUUAGGACGUCUUCGUAGCGGUUGCCAGUUUGAACGGGCAAUACUUUUCAAGGCAUUGGCCGAUCAAGUUGGCUUGCCAUGCACAAUGCAAAGCAGUGUGGAUGGACGUCUACUAUUCAACGAAUUGCCAUUGCCCUUGGAAAUGGAACAUGAUCCACACUGUAGUCUAGAAAAUAUGCAAUUUACGCCCUGGCGUACGCUAAGGCCCACCCAUAUUAUUGAUCUUAUGUAUAACGUCGGCGAUCUCUAUCCCGUGCAAAGUCGUCAAGCUUUGCAGUAUCUACGACUGUACUAA